UUAGCUGCUCUCGCGAUUCACGAAAAACUUUACACACUUUUAUCUACGUAGCUGGAAUGUAAACGGUAGACGUUACUCUACACAUCACACUCGGGGCCCGAUGGAGUCGCUGGAAUCAGCUGUGCAUCAUAUCUGGCUAUGAUAAACGAGUAAUGAACGGCAAAAACACUUAAUUAAACAAUGGAGGGAAUGCUGUAUAAGUGGACCAAUUACAUAAGCGGUUGGCAACCUCGUUGGUUUGUGCUAGAUGGAGGAACUUUGUCUUACUAUGACUCUCAAGAAGAUGCCUGGAAAGGUUGCAAGGGCAGCAUUAAAAUUUCAGUUUGUGAAAUACAAGUUCAUUCCUCUGACUCGACACGAGUGGACCUGACCAUACCUGGAGAGCAGUACUUUUACCUCAGAGCCAUUAAUGCAGCAGAGAGGCAAAAAUGGCUGGUGGCACUGGGAACAGCCAAAGCUUGCCUUACAGACAACCGAACUAAGAGAGAAAAAGAACUCCAAGAGAACACAGAGGCGCUGAAAACUAAGAUGUCAGAACUCAGAUUGUACUGUGACCUUCUUCUCCAACAAGUAAACAAGAUCAAGGAGAAUGAUGAGCUAGGAGACACAGCGGAGACAGGCAUAGACACUGGAAACAUGGUGAAAUCUACAUGCACCACUUUCCUUAAGACUCUAGAGGAAUGCAUGCAGAUAGCGAAUCGUACUUUCAGUACGGAUAUGGCAACACAGAGUCCACCAGGAUCUCCCCCAGUAGCAGCCAUUAAACCUCAGAAGAUUAAACCUGUCAAUCAGUUAAAUCAGAACCUUGGAGAAAAAUGGAGAGAUUUGUCUGAAACCACAGGAGAAGCAAUUGCACAUGACAACCAGAGCCUAGACUCUGGAGCAGAGGGGCCAGAUGAACCAGACAGACCGGAACACCAUCCCUCCCCAUCAGACAUUGAUGCAGCCAAUGGCAACAGCUCAGUCCAGGAGGAGCAGGUUGAUCCUUCCCUACACACUACCCAGAAUACCUCUGAGACUAAACACUACGACCAACCGGCAGAGGGGGAUGAGGAGAACGACACUGAUGAUCAAAAGGACACAAAACAAGAGCAGAAGCACAAAGUGGACCAAAGUGAAGAGCACGACAACAAUAGCGAAGAAGAGAACGCUGUCCAGCCCCAGCAGCAACAGGAAGCUGUUCCAGACCAAGACGAGCAAGAUGAGCAAGAUGAGCAAUAUGAGCAAGACGAGGUUCAGCAUGAAGGAGAGACGUCCAGAGAUUCAACAGAGCCAGAAGACACAGAGCAGGUGGAAACUUUCUUCAGCACAAUGAGUCACAGAUUUAGUGAUUUAAGACUGGACGACGACAAUGGUAUCCCCACACAAGAGUUUUUGGACUCAUGCUAUGCAAUAGUGCCUGUAUUAGACAAGCUGGGGUCCACAGUGUUUGCACCAGUUAAAAUGGAUUUUGUUGGAAAUAUCAAGAAAAUUCAGCAGAAGCUGAUGUCAGACCCCGACAGUUUUCCCACACUACAGUCCAUCGUGCUGCAUGAAGUUCAGGCAGACGUCACCCAGGUGCGCAACUCUGCCACUGAGGCCCUGCUGUGGCUCAGGCGAGGCCUGAAGUUCCUCAAGGAGUUUCUGUCAGAAAUCAACGCAGGAGAACAAGACAUCCAGGGUGCCCUCAACAAUGCCUAUGGAAAGACUCUUCGACAGUACCAUGGAUGGGUUGUGCGAGGUGUAUUUGCUUUGGCACUGAGAGCUGCCCCAUCUUAUCAAAGUUUCGCUGCUGCUUUAGUGUCCAGAGAAGGUGACGAGCUGAAGAGCGGCUUCAAAAGCGGCAUGCACAGGGACCUGGAUGUGUACCUGCCUGCUAUGCAGAAGCAGCUGGCCAUCCUUGAUGCCCUGUAUGAAGAAUACAACCUGGAGUCUGACGAGGUGGUGUGAAACUUGCACAAAGAGAUGAUUGGCAGUCAUGGAAGGACAAAAAAGAAAAACCUGAAUGAAGGGAUAGAGUAACGGCGAGCUGCUGAAGGAAGGUGCCAGAUGCCGGGUGCAUCUUGUGUACAAAGUAGUGUGAGCAUGUCAUGUGUCGGUGUGACGUGUUUCCAGUGGUUCUUAAACUCUACGACAGUAGAGGGUCUAGGUUUGAACAAGUUAUGAAUGUCUGUAUUUAGGAGCCCAAAAAGGGCAAAGCAAACAUUAACAAUUAAUACAUUAUGGUUUAAUGAAAUGUAGUUUCUGGGUUUUGUUAAAAAGACCAUUGACAUUUUAGGGGUAUGAAGCCCUGUUAUGCAGACUCCAACCAUAAUGACUCAUGGUAACAUUUGUUUCUGGUGCACAUUUUGUCGCUGUCUUGUGGAUUUUUAUGUAUUGUAUGUGUUUUAAGGUAACCACAGAGUAUUUGGCUCUAGUAACUUCCCUGAGAGAUGAUUUGUUGUCCCUCUUGAACUGAUUAGAAUGCAAAGUAAUUUUUAAUCAGAACUGUCCCGUUUCUUCUGAUUCAUUAAAUAGGGACACACUUGCAACUGACACAAAGCACUAUUUUGACAAAAACAAUGUCAGAUUGUUACAUGGCCUAGUCUCUUGCCCUAAGCAGGUGAUGGAUUUGCAUACCGGGCUAACUUUUAGUAUAACAAGCAAACCCUUUAUCUUGCACUGACUGUUAAAGUUAAGUGAAGAUUAUGAUCAAUGUCGCUUAUUUUGUUUUGUUUGUUUCAUUCCUUGAAAUUUGAAUCUCAAUUCUGCAGUUUGACAAUGUAUUGUUUUGUUUUACAUCAUUGACUUUCAAUGGGACCAAAAAGGAAGUGUCAUAUGAAUGGCUUUAGCCUAUGCUGCCUACAGUACCACAACACAGGAAAAUUGAACAAUACAGUGUGGCUGUUAAAGUACUGACAACUGCUGAAUAUUUAUGUGGACAUCUUCUGCACAAACCUAUGCAUAGUAUGCAUUUUCACAAUGUCUAUUUAUUAUGUCUUAAGUUAUAAAGUUCUCAUUAAUGUCAUUGGGGUCAUUUCAGUCCAACUUUCAUGUGUGUGUAUGUUUGGGUAUUUGUAUCCAUAGAGCAUGUUUGAUUGCAUGGUUAAGUAACAUGGGCCAAGGCCUUGAAUUAACCGACUUAAUUAUUUAAUUAAUCCUAAAGAGGAUUGAUUCUGAAAGUUAUAACCCAUUGCUUCUCCUUCAUCUGUGUACUGAUAAUGAACAGCAAGUGUAACUGUCUCCUCUACAGAUCUCAGCAUUUUUCACCAUCUCAUCCAUGCACUGUUCUACAUAUACUUGAGUGUUGUUACCAGCCGUACUUAAUAUUUUAUGAUGUCUCUUCAAAAAUUUAAAAAUGAGUGGUAGGACUCCACUUCCCAGGCCAGGUUAAAGUUUGGCCAUAGAUUUCACUGAGCCAUUCAAACAAAGCAGGAACAUCCUCAUAGGGCUUUUUUACCAAGACAUACCACAUAGUAUUUUUUACCUUUUAUUCCAAGUAUUGUUUUGAGUUUUCAGGAAUGCUUACAGCACAUUCUUGUACAAUAAAUAAGUCAUUUGCAGCAGCUUUACAUCAGCGAUGUGCAAUAGGCUGAUUUCCUGUUGCAGAUGAAUUUCAAUAUUAAUCCUGAGAAUAUGCUAUUGUAAUAUUGAAAACAUUUGAUUUGAUUUUUUUCUAUGAAUGUAUAUAAGAUGCUAUCUGAUUUUUACUUAAUAAAUAUAAUUAAGUUGUCUUA